AGGAGGAGCGGGUGGUGCAUCGAUUGGGCUGACGGCCAGCGGCAGCCGCCGUCGCUACAGCCCGGCCUCUUUUGUCACCUCCCUCCCUGCGCCGAGCCGAGCACGGCGCGGAGCGGGCCUCUCGGGGAUCCGCUCCCCUCGCCGCAGCAGCGCUGCCGGGGUCGCCAUCUUCACCUCCAUCCACCCCGCCCCGGAGCCUCCCGGCCGGGCUCGCACGGAGGACGCUCGGCCGGGAGCGCGAGAGGUGGCCUGUGCCCGCUGCAUGUGACCGCCCGGCGUCGCCGGACGCCCCGCCGAUCACAUCCGCAUCCUCCUGCAGUCGCCCCGCAGCGCGGGGAGGGGCGCGGGGCGCCCGGCGGGGGGGAACGGGGGUUCUGAGGAGCGGUGGGCAGACAAAGGAGCGGGCGCCGCCGUGGGCAGCGGCCGAGAGAAUGUAAGGUCCUGGGACUUUUCGCUCUGAAGUUGAUGUGAAUUAAACUAAUUGGGGAUAUCUUCAGUGAAUAACUUGCUGCUUACAGAAACAACUAAAUUAACUGAAGUUGUGAAAUACAGAUCAGCUUCUGCGGAAUAAACUUUGGAAACCAGUUCACAUAAUGCUAAUGGACCAAAGAAGCACAACUAAUAUUUCCAUGGAGCUGGGACCAAUCUGCUGAGAGAAGAUUCUAAAAUAACUUUUUUUCAUCGUGUUUGUCCUGAGACUGUCUUUGGAGAAUAGUUCAGGAGAGGAAAAAAUUUCACAUCAGAACCAUUAUAAAUAAAUCUACUUAAAGAACUUGCUACCUGGAGAUACAUUUACAGAGAUCAAGUCCUGGUUUUCACCUGUGCUCACACUUCAGACUGUAAACAAUGAGUGAAUUCUGGUUGUGUUUCAACUGCUGUAUUGCAGAACAGCCUCAGCCUAAAAGACGACGACGCAUAGACCGAAGCAUGAUUGGGGAGCCAACAAACUUUGUUCACACAGCUCAUGUUGGAUCAGGAGACCUAUUCAGUGGAAUGAAUUCGGUGAGCUCAAUUCAGAACCAAAUGCAAUCCAAGGGAGGUUAUGGAGGUGGCAUGUCUGCAAAUGUUCAGAUGCAGCUUGUAGAUACAAAAGCAGGAUAACCUUGGGAAUAUCUUUCCAGUUUAUGUGAGUUCCUGCAUCUUCUUUCCUGUGUCCCCUCUUUUGCCUUGGUGACUGCUUUCUGUGUUCACGACAAGAGAGAAGUAAUGGCUUAUUAUUCAUCUUUUGUGACCACUCCAGUGAAAAGUUGCUGUUCUGCUCUGAUGAUGCCAUUUUUCAGAUUGGUCCACCCAUGCCUUUCAGUGGCAUACACACAUUGGCCUCUACCAGUACCAUGGACAUAGAACUUUUUAGGGUUGUUUUUCGGUUUUUGUUUGUUUUAAGGCAAAUCAAAGCACCAACCUUAGCUUCCCUUACCCCUCACAGAUACUAACUAUUAAGUUGCUUUUUAUUCUUUUUUUCUCUACUCACAUAAUUUAGAAAUGAUUGAGUUUCCAGUAAUGUUUUUAAUCAUUCAUUGUUCAUAUCCAUUUUUGAAAAGUCUGAGACCUGCAAGCACAAAUGAUUAUUUCUUACAAAAUCAGCAGAGUAGGUGACUGCAUGCUUCGUGAGGUUGCUUUGUAUGGUGGCCCAUUUGGUGCCAGAAAAAAAACUGCGUACUGCAGACUGUUGAUACUGUUACUGGUGAAGAAUUACGCUGUGACACCAAGUCAUGCCUGUUUCUGAAAAAGGACUUGUAACUUAGCUGCUUCAGAGUUAUGUCUUUAUUUUAGUUUUUAUCCAGCUGGUCUUCAAAUAAUAAAGAGAGAGCUUGCAUUCAUAAGGCAUUAGUUGUAAAUGUUUGGUAUAUUUAUUUUGAAAGAGCUGACCUCGAGACAGCAAACCAGUGUAGUACCGUAUCUAAAUGUUGUGGAAGCGCUUUAGUCUAUUUAAAAAGCAUCAUGUUUGACUGCUUCUUUUUCUUUUUACAAUUUUUCUUAAUUUUAGGCUGUAUUGUCACUUCCAGUAGCAGCAUGUCAGAACUGCCUGCAAUAUUAGUUAAAAAGUUUAGUAGACCUCUCUAAGUAGUUGGCAGUUCCUGUGUACUAAAUAUCUAGGGGCCAUGGAAGUUGCUAAGAGCAACAUACUAAUCUGGCAGAACAGAUGCCAGUGAAAACAACAUACAGGGUGACUUUUUACUAAGUCAGUAAAAAGCCUUUUUCUCAGGUUCCAAAGCAUGUUUCUUUCACACGUUGUGAAACUUGUAUUUUAAUAUUGCACUGUUUUCUGAUUAUCUCUGUAAAUGGUCUCUUUUCCUCCUUGCUGGUGGUUUGAAAAAAGACAGUGAUAUUAGUCCUGCUUGAGUUAAAUUUUUAUGUGAGAAAAAUCAUUCUAAGAAGGCAUAACUGAGCCUAGUCAGAUCCAUUUUUGUGCAUAAGCACAUAUGUGCUCAUGAACAUAGACUGCUGUCAUAAAUGAUUCUUUAUUCUUUUUCCAUGCAUUCCCUGAUUUCACAUUGCAACAACUGUUAGACUGAUUUAAAAAUAUAGGAACCUACCUACUCUUCUGUCAGGUCACAAACACCACACCAAAUACAGGGUGGAGGAAGUUUGCUUCCCCUCAGUAGUAUUUCUGUGGUAGAUGUCAGUUAUCUGGUUGAAUAGUUCCAAUUAGGCUGUUUAGUCUUUCCUGAUGAAGGUACUGAUUCAUGACAGAAGAUCAAGAUGUUCAGUUCUCCAGGUGCAUAAACACAUGGCGAUGCAGUGAUGUUUUUUUAGGAGUCAACGUUUCCAGUGCCAUGUAAUCUAGUAGUCUAAAUGUAGUCUAAAAUAUACAAUGAUUAGAAAAUGAUUUGAACUUUGACAUCACUAACAGUGGCUUAAAUUUGCUUGCCAAAAUGAUCUUGCACUUGUCAAAAUGUUUCCAGCUUGCCAGAAAAAAAAAAAAAGACAUAUUUUUAUAACAUACAUACUUUUUUUGUACAUUAUGUUCAUUGAAAAAAGUCAGUUCAGUGUUGGCUUGUAGAUAUUAAGAGGAAAAUAUUGACUUUGAUUCAAUAAAUGUUUUCUUUCAGUU